AAUUUAGCACAGAAGUCCCUCCCGCCCUCCGUGGUUCUGGCAUCCAGGAGGCCUGAGACACUCCAGGUUAUCUGGGAACCAGGGUUUGAACCUGUUCAGAGCAGGACGCUUUCGGCUGGACCCCCAGGAUGGCGUUCAGCGUAGGCGCUAGCGAAGUGGCACGGGCGGGCGGGCGGGCGGAGGACAACCCGGGCCUCGCUCGCUCUGCGCGGUCCCCGAGGCCUGGGCGCGCGGCGUGUGCGGGGCCGGGCGGACGGGCGCGCGGGGAGGGCGGCAGGCGCGAGAGGGACGCCGCAGCUCGGCUCCCGCAAGGCCGCCCCAUGGCCCCGCCGCGCCCGGCCCGCCUGGUGCCCGCGCUGCGCGCCCUGCUCUACUGGUCCCUGGUGUACGGCUAUUGCGGGCUGUGCGCCUCCGUCCACCUGCUCAAACUUUUGUGGAGCAUCGGCAAGGCACCGGCGCAGACCUUCCGCCGGGCGGCCCGGGCACACCCGCCCGCGUGCCUCAGCGACCCCUCCCUGGGUACCCACUGCUACGUGCGGAUCAAGGAUUCGGGACUGAGAUUUCACUAUGUUGCUGCUGGAGAAAGGGGCAGACCCCUCAUGCUGCUGCUUCAUGGAUUUCCGGAAUUCUGGUAUUCUUGGCGUCAUCAACUGAGAGAAUUUAAAAGUGAGUACAGAGUCGUUGCGCUGGAUUUGAGAGGAUAUGGAGAAUCAGACGCACCUACUCAUCAAGAGAGUUAUAAACUGGACUGUCUAAUUGCAGACAUAAAGGAUAUUUUAGACUCUUUAGGGUACAGCAAAUGUGUCCUGAUUGGCCAUGACUGGGGAGGCAUGAUUGCCUGGCUGAUUGCCAUCUGCUACCCUGAGAUGAUAAUGAAGCUCAUUGUCAUUAACUUCCCACACCCGAGCGUGUUUACAGACUACAUACUGCGGCACCCCGCCCAGCUGCUCAGAUCUAGCUUUUAUUACUUCUUCCAAAUACCAUGGUUCCCAGAAUUUAUGUUCUCAAUUAAUGAUUUCAAGGCUCUGAAGCACCUGUUCACCAGCCGGAGCACUGGCAUCGGAAGGAGAGGACGUCGGCUGACCGCGGACGAUCUGGAAGCCUACAUUUAUGUCUUUUCGCAGCCCGGGGCCCUGAGUGGCCCAAUUAACCAUUAUCGAAACAUUUUCAACUGCCUGCCUCUCAAACACCACAUGGUGACGACGCCGACGCUGCUCCUGUGGGGAGAGGAAGAUGCAUUCAUGGAGGCCGAGAUGGCUGAAGUCACAAAGGUUUACGUUAAAAACUAUUUCAGACUCACCGUUUUGUCGGAAGGUAGCCACUGGCUUCAGCAGGACCAACCUGACAUAGUGAACAGGCUGAUAUGGGCAUUCCUGAGGGAAGACAGGAGAAGAGAAUGACCGUCUCCUGUGAAGAGCCUAUAAGGGAAUCGCAAAAACCUCCUAAAACUUGUUCAUCAAUUUACGUUUUAUUAGGAAAAAUCACCUGUUUUAAUAUGCUUGAUUAUAAAUAAAUAUAGUGAAACAUGGUAUUGAAAAAAUCUAUGUAAUUUUUUCACUAUAUCUGUACAGAGAAAUGCCUGCCUUAAAAUUCACAGUUGUACAAAAAGGUAACCAAGGAAAAUGGCUCAGGCUUGGCUUCUUGUUUUCUUUGUUAUACUAACAUGUGGAGCCUUUUACAGACACACGUGAACGUGAGCUGUGCCGUAGGGUGAAAGGCAGAUCUGCAAUGGAAAACAUUUUCAUUUCAUUGUUAAAACAAUGUUUUCUUUACUGGUGUUUUGGCCAAUAAAAAUCCCAUCAUUAAAUCCUGUGUAUUUAUAAUAUAUAAAGGAAUUUGAAUGUAAACUCAGCCAGAUGAGUAUUUCUAAAAAUGUGUCUUAAGUUUAUUUAUGAUGAAGGAUUAAACUAAUUAAACUGGUACCAGCAACAUCAACCAAGUAGAAAAAUAUCUUUUUACACCUUCAAUGCAGUAAGAAAUGAAUACUAUUAUUCCUUUAUAUACUAGAAUCCAAGUUUGAUAG